UUGAAUAUUUCACAUUUCUUUUCAACCCGGUGCUGUUAAAUCGGUGUUUUAUGUGUGUUUCCGCCGCGGACCUUGUCGGUUUUUUCGGGAACAACAGAUGAUGUGAACACCGAGCUGCGGGAGGGCUGGAUAGCUGUGUAUCGUAUAUGUUUAUGUGAUGGACCAGCAGAGGGCGCUCCACUCAGGCUGCCUGGUCUCGGGGGUCCGCACGCCCCCCGUCCGACGCAACAGCAAACUGGCCAGCCUGGGACGCAUCUUCAAACCCUGGAAGUGGAGGAAAAAGAAAAACGAGAAGCUGAAGCCCCCUGCAGCGGUGGAGAAGAAAGCAGCUGUGAGGCAGAAGAGAGAUGACCUCGUCAGGAGGAACCCAGGAGAGACAGAGACAGAUCUGGCCUGUGGGGGUAACGUUGAGGAUCCAGAGACCCCCCCUCAGUCUGACUCUGAGGAGCGAGACGAGGGUCCCGUGGCCCCGCUGGCCAGCACCAGUGAAGACCUGGGCAGCGAUUUAGAGGCUUCGACAGAUGUGACUGAGGACACCAAGACCCUCGGAGACCCCAACCAGAGUGAAGAUGGAGAGGACGAGAGCACGUCUCUGAGCGACCCGAGCGACGAGAAGCUGCCGACGGGGAAGAUGGAGGUCGUGGAGGUCAAACCGAAACCUGAGGUGACGGCAGCCCCCCCGCCCGUACGAACCAGAACGUCUCCUCCUCCCAAACCCCCCGUCAGGAUGCUCACCAGGAUGGGAAGCCUGGACUGUGCCCCUUCAGUGCCGGUGAAGAAGUCUCCGGCCACCCUACCCAGGAACUUCACGCUCCCCAAAGACCCCCACGGCUCCCUGCUGAGAGGCCGGAUGUCCACCCCCACCGGGUCCCCCCACCUGGGGGCGCUGCACCCCCCGCUGCCCCCCAGCUGCAUCAUCGAGGAGCUGCACCGAGCGCUCGCCACCAAACACAGGCAGGACAGUUUCCAGACGAAGGACUCUCGCUCGUCUCUGAAGCGCCGGAUGGACGGCCGUCUGUCCCGGACGUCCAGCACGGAGCGGGAAUCGAACCGAGAGACGGACGGGAAGAAAGAGUCGGACGAGAACAAGGAGAACUGGCGUCUCGACGAAUACCUGAACGACCAGGACAGCUGGAACGACUCCGUCAUCUCCGGGACUCUCCCCCGCCGGGUGAGGAAGGAGCUUCUGGCCGUGAAGCUGAGGAACCGGCCCAGCCAGCAGGAGCUCGAGGACAGGAACAUCUUCCCGGUGCGCAGCGACCAGGAGAGGCAGGAGAUCCGACAGCAGAUCGAGACCAAGCUGGCCAAGAGACUGAGCCAGAGGCCGGCCGUGGAGGAACUGGAGAGCCGGAACAUCUUAAAGCAAAGAAAUGACCAGACAGAGCAGGAGGAGAGGAGAGAAAUCAAACAGCGGCUCAACAGAAAGCUGAACCAGAGACCCACAGUAGACGAGCUGCGGGACAGGAAGAUCCUGAUCCGAUUCAGCGACUAUGUGGAAGUGGCAAAAGCUCAGGACUACGACAGGCGGGCUGACAAACCCUGGACCCGCCUGUCCGCCUCUGACAAGGCGGCGAUACGAAAAGAGCUGAACGAGUUCAAAAGUACCGAGAUGGAAGUCCACACCUCGAGCAAGCAUCUGACGAGAUUUCACCGGCCAUAGCAAGGUUUCUUCUGUGAAGAGUUGCUGAUGUGUGGUUCUGUCAGUGGAGAUGCAGUCUUCCAGCGCCCGGCCCGCAGUUAGUGGGCGAUCCUGGGAUUCGUUUCCAGCCAACUUUGGAGGCUAUGUCUCUAGAAACGGAGCUGCCGGUACACGGGGAUUUCUGCUCGGAAGAAAAAACCUCCUGAACCCGUCCUCCAUGUUGUCAGAGGAGCGAGGCGUUCGCCAUAGACAAGCAGAGACUUCUUUUUGUAAACUUUUGAAAGACGUUCUUUUUGAUGCCACACAAAGGGGGGGAUGUGCAUGUGACAGAGUCGUGUCUCCCAGUCCCGCUCCAGUUUCAGUAGUCACACCCGAGAGAUGUGUGUGAGUCCCACUGAUUCAGAUCGUGAUGCGUUUCAUAUCAACGGUGUAAACAGAAACCUUGUCUGUGUGAAAGACAAAAUUCCCUUUGUAAGCACUAUUUAUUGUCUGCACAAUACAGGUUUUCAAUUUCUAACAAACUCUCCGUCUUGUGUGGUGAAUAUUUGUGGGAUUAUGGUGUUUUUUAAAACUUUUUAAAAGGGAUGUACUGUUGAAACUGCCUUUAUUGACAGCAUCUUUCCCAUUCAAAAUGCUAUUCAACUAUUUGCCUAUAGGGUCUCUUCACAUAUUAAAACA